CGUUUCAUGCUGAGACACGGCGGUGUACUAACGUUAGGUUAGACUUUUCUGCCUUUGGCGUCUAAUUUUUAUGCCAUGUUUAUAUAACAUUUCGUCAGUCGUUAACAGCAGAAUAGUGCUCCAAAACACGAAAUUCAAAUUUCGAGAAUCAAGAAGCUAGUGUACGACUUAAGAUUCACGUUAACCUGUUCCCUAGUUAGCCAAAUCAUUAGCUGGCUACCUAGCUAAUUAGCUACUUACGUAGCUAACGUAAGAAGAAUCAUUGCUCAAACAACGUUAUCGUUAUUUACCCUGUAAGUUAUCGUUUACUGUCAGAUCUUGUUUAACUUAUUCACCAUCGAAUUACGUGGAGAUUGUACGGUUCAGUUUUACCUGAUUGUCGUAUAUUUUGUCAACACAGCCGGGUGUAUGUUAACGAGUCGACAUAACUGGUGGUUAUCCUUUUAGCCAAACAAUCUAGCUAGCAAAUAUCUUCUAGCCAGUUGAGCUAGCGUUUAACAUUAACGUUACAGACUUCAUUGCGUCUAAGUUACCAUCUAGCCAGAUCAUCAACAAGAACAAAAUGGGCUCAAUACUUAGUCGGAGGAUCGCGGGUGUCGAGGAUAUUGACAUCCAGGCUAAUUCGGCAUACAGAUUUCCACCUAAAUCAGGGAACUAUUUUGCCAGUCACUUUUUCAUGGGAGGGGAGAAAUUUGACACACCCCAUCCAGAAGGCUACCUCUUUGGGGAAAAUAUGGAUUUGAACUUCCUUGGCAAUCGUCCUGUACAGUUCCCAUAUGUUACACCGGCACCUCAUGAGCCAGUUAAAACGUUGAGGAGUCUUGUCAACAUCAGGAAAGAUUCCCUGCGUCUUGUAAGGUACAAAGAUGAUGCUGACAGUCCCACAGAAGAAGAUGGCAAGCCCAGGGUCCUAUAUGGAGUCGAGUUCACCUUUGAUUCAGAUGCACGGGUGGCCAUCAGCAUCUAUUGCCAGGCUUUUGAAGAAUUCAGUAAUGGAAUGGCUGUCUACACCUCAAAGGUUCCCACUAUGGCUUCCGAAACGGUCCACUACAAGAGAGGAGUGAGCCAGCAGUUCUCUCUGCCGUCCUUCAAAAUCGAUUUCGAUGAAUGGAAGGAGGAGGAUCUAAAUUUUGAUCUUGAUCGAGGUGUCUUCCCCAUGGUCAUCCAAGCAGUGGUAGACGAAGGGGAUGAUUGCUUAGGACACGCCCAUGUACUGCUUGCAGCCUUUGAGAGACACAUGGACGGGAGCUUUUCUGUGAAGCCUUUGAAGCAGAAACAAAUUGUGGAUCGAGUGAGCUAUUUGCUGCAGGAGAUCUAUGGGAUUGAGAACAAAAAUAACCAAGAGACCAAGCCUUUGGAUGACGAGAACAGUGACAACAGCAAUGAGUGUGUUGUGUGUCUGUCUGACCUGCGGGACACGCUCAUCCUGCCCUGCAGACAUCUGUGUCUGUGCAACUCCUGUGCAGACACACUGCGCUACCAGGCCAACAACUGUCCCAUCUGCCGCCUGCCGUUUAGAGCCUUGCUGCAGAUCCGAGCAGUGAGGAAGAAGACUGGAGCCCUUUCUCCAGUCUCCUUCAGCCCUGUGCUUGCCCAGACCAUGGACCAUGAUGAACACUCCAGCUCCGACUCGGUUCCUCCAGGCUUUGAGCCCAUCUCUCUGCUGGAGGCGAUGAACGGUCUGCGGGCCGUGUCCCCAGGGAUCCCCUCCGCCCCCCUCUACGAUGAGAUCAACUUCUCGGGCGGUGUGGGCAGUGAUGGCCGGCCCCUGAGCCCCUCGGAACUACCGGGGGACAGCGCUCUGCAGAAGGGCAAAGUCAGCAAGUCGCCUGACAGCACCCUUCGGUCCCCAUCCUCACCCAUCCAGGAGGAGGACGAGGAAAAGCUGUCGGAGCUGUCGGACGCCCAGCCGCACGCUACCCUCUCCAGUAGCCCCGUGCCACCUGAGGCCAGUGGAGCCGAGGACGUCCCAGAGUCCACCACUCCUGAGGAUGAGGAAGGUCUGCUGUCUGAACAGGAGAUAAUGCAGGACUGCAGCAGCGAGCACAGCAGCCUGACCAAGACAGAGAGUGACCCUGCCGAAGACCUUUCUCUCCCAGGGUCGUCAGAUUCCACAGAGAGUCUGAAAAGCGAGAGUACCAACUGCUCCAGCCAGCCUCUCCUGCGCCCCCUAAGCAGUUUGCACAUGGAGGACGAAUAGCUUGACCCCCUACCUACCACCCCAGACCCCAGGUGGACACCUCUCUGUGUCUGAAUUCCCCCAGCGUUCCUCUCUCCCUGUUCACUACUGUACAUUUCCAGAACAUUCCCUCCUUAUCCAAUGUGGACCCUUCGGAGAUCGAGCAUGAGUGUGCUGCUAGGGAUCUCGCUUUUUGUCCGCGCCAGCAAAUCAAGUUCUGCCCCACCUAAGACUGAAUUUCUGUAAAUGGCUGGUGGCUGUCGGCAUGACCUGUUGACUGUUGGCGAUAGUGGAUGUUCAUGCUGAAGUUAAUCAUGGUAACCUUUUAAAAAAGUAGACGGCCCUAAAGCUCCCUUUUUGAUGAGGUUUGGAGGUACCCAUGACACUUAUUAUAGCUGUGUUCCUUACUAACUGAGUGGCAUUAUGCAACUGUAGUGAUGUAAAAUCUAAAAAUCUGUUUGGUGAUGUUCUCUUUUUCAUUCUUUGACGGUAACCUUUCACAAACAUGCACUUAGUGAGUUUUAUAAGCUUUCGUUUCCCAUCUCUGUAUAAGAUGAAGGGUUAAUUACCAGUCUAUUUCAGCUUAUGAUAUGCACCACUGCCCUUGUGUUGGGUAAGAUGGAUUUUCGUCAGGACCAGAACUAAUUUGGUCAAGGUCACAAUAUAGCGAGAUUUGUGUCAUGCUCAUCUUUAUGUUAUUGUGAUUAGAUUCAUUUUGUAAGGUAUGGUUUAAUCCAUUUUUUCAAGUUUUUUUUUUCUGUCAUAUGUAAUGUGUAUGUAAAGUUCUUCACAGUGUUAUCUGUAAAUGUGUACAUUUUAACUGUUUAUAUUUGAGAAGUGUGAUAAGGCAGUGCAGCUGAACUCCUGUUGUUGUUGUUGUUGUUGUUAUUAUUAUUAUUAUUAUUAUUAUUAUUAUUAUUAUUAUUUAUAUUAGGUAUGCUUGUAUAUUCUUGACAUAAUGUUGACGUCUGUGCACAAGUGGCGUCAAAGCUGAUUGCAACUGUACUGAUUUAUUUUUUCCUAGCUGCCUGGCUGAAACAUAGUAUUGUUGAACUUGACCGUGUGCAGCAGUAUAUUUCUCAGCUCCCAGUGAAUAUUGGUCCAGUUUGCUAAACACAUCAAAACAUGUUCAAAAGUGAAAAGCGAACUAUAGUGAAGGGUGUGACAGGAUAUGGUUGUGUUGCCGCGACAGUACCCUUGAGUAGCUCGGAGUCUACUGACUGUCCCCAGUCCUGCAAGUGUAGCAUUACUCAUAUAGGUAUAUGUGCCUUUCUUUAGAGCAAACAUGGCUACUUGUUGCUUGGGGCUUUUGUAUUCUUGUGAAAGGACCACUUGUCAAGCACAUAAGAAAGCCUUUUUAAAAAUAAUUGAUUAUGUACAGAUCUACAGUAUGUGAGUGAACUCUAAACUGGAUAAUACUGAUUUAUUUCAACAGCAGUGUUUUAUUAUAUAAUAAUUAUGAAUAUGUUAUUCAUCUGUAAUAACAAGGUGUGGUAUGCUUUAAUGUUAAGCUUUGUGUACUAAAUGAAGUAAUCUAUGCUUUUCUGAAAGGAACUGCAUCUCACAAAGUUUCAAUUGUAAGAGCCUGUGUAUCAGCUUUUAUCUCCACUGACACAUCCUCUCCCCCAAUAUUAACCAGAAACCUCUCUCGUUUCGCAACAGUAACAGGAAUCUUAAACACCAGAUAAUUUCACUUGUGGGCUUAUUUAUAGUUUAUUUCACACUUUAGACUCACAGUGGCUAGACUAUUCUGAUGUGCCAUCUCAGUAUACUGAUACACCGUGCCUUCUUGUUCCUGUUCCAAAUAUUAUUGACCUGGUAUCCAGGGUAAUACUGCUUUGGGUCAUUCAUUGUUUAAAGCAUACGCUCAAGAUACUUUUGUCCUAGUUGGUGUAGAGGCAUGUGGAAAACUAAUAAAGCUUAACGUUUCAGUAAUGA